AUGGAUCUACAAAACCUCGACCCAGCGAUCAUAUACAUAAUAUGCGAGACCUUCUGUCUGCAUUGCCACGAUGAAUAUGACCAUCGCCAGGGUGGCCCCGCUGUGACUCUCGAAGACUACGAUGCAAAAGCCCUUCGAUAUGAUCUGAUCAGUCUCUCCACAGUCUGUAAGAGCUGGGGUUACAUAGCGCAAAAAACCCUUCACCAUCAUUUUGGCUUCUAUGAGUUCAGCCCGGAGGCUAUGAUUCCUUUCUGCAGGACUCUUUACGAGAAACCAGAACUAGCCAAGCUAGUCAAGCAAGCCAGAUUAACGCAUAUCUUCUCUACUAAUAUUAUCAUUAAGGGAGGUUGGCUGUUUAAGUGUUUGGACAAAUUUUCCAACAUUCUUGACUUCCAUGGAAGAAGGUUUGACCCCAAGACCUUGAAAUGGGAACAAUUCAUCGGAGCAGCUCUUCUCCUUCGAUUGCCGAACCUUGAGUUUCUCAUGGCGGAAGCUAGUCAUUUACAUGAGCUCCUUACCAAGUUCAGAAAGCCUUUUGCUCUCCACAGAUCCAAAUUUCCUCAGUUUCUGAAAAGCAUUGAAGUUAGAAACAGGCACCCAAAACCCCCUACCAUUCGCAAUCCCCUAGGCUUGUCAAGAGACUCUAUUGGAGGAUUCAUGUCAGAACUUCCGUACCUACAGUUUAUGGAGCUCAGAAGCCCUUCUUUCUCAACACUGCAAGAUCCAUUACGGCUUCGGAACAUGCGCCAUGUCCGCCUUUUGGGUGUAGAUCUCGGCUUGGAAGGACUCAAAGUCUUCAUAUCUGCUACAGGGCCUUUGGAAUCCUUUCAGUACCAAGGUUCCCUAGAUGGGCCCGAUCCUUGUUCCAUACAAGAUGUCUGCUAG